CAGGAUGUUUGCAUUCACUGAGCUUCCGUACGGCUCUGUUACCCGGAAGUGUCAUUGAUACUGUAAUUCUGCUCUAUAUCUAAGACGCCAAGCUGCUACUGAGACAGUAAAAAUGAAGGUCAGUUCUUCAGUGCUGGCAUCUUGCUGCCUGUUAAUCCAGGUCUUUGGAGCGAUGCUUUUUAUCCGUGGCUUCUUUCCUUUACCGGUGCGGUCUCAAUCACGCAAGAGCACCAGCGCAGAGACCCCACCAGAGCCAGCGACAGCAGGCUUACUCUCGAACUGGACAAAACUUCCUUCACCUCUUUUCAAAAAAGUUGUCGUCCUUCUAAUCGAUGCUUUGAGACAGGACUUUGUGUAUGGUCCAAAGGGGAAGAAACAUAUGCCUUACCUUACCCAACUUGUAGAAAAAGGAACAACACACAGCUUCAUAGCAAAAGCAGCAGCUCCAACUGUCACCAUGCCUCGUAUCAAGGCCCUGAUGACAGGUAGCAUCCCUGGAUUUAUUGAUGUUGUAAUGAAUCUAAAUUCACACGAAUUACUGGAUGACAAUGUGAUAUGGCAAGGAAAGCAAGCUGGAAAAAGGAUAGUAUUUUAUGGAGAUGAUACUUGGAUAAAACUUUUCCCCAAACAUUUUGCUGAAUAUGAUGGAACAACAUCAUUUUUUGUUUCUGAUUAUACAGAGGUUGAUAAUAAUGUUACAAGGCACUUGGAUGAUAUAUUAAAGAGAAAUGACUGGGAUAUGCUUAUCCUUCACUAUCUUGGAUUAGAUCACAUAGGACAUUUAACAGGACCACAUAGUCAUUUAGUCGGUCCAAAACUUCUUGAAAUGGACACUGUCCUAAAAAAAAUCUCUGUUGCAUUAAUGUCACAGGAAGAAGAUAUAUCUGUUCCUAGUUUAAUUGUUUUAUGUGGUGACCAUGGAAUGUCAGAAACAGGCAGCCAUGGAGGCUCAUCUGAAGAGGAGGUGCAGACACCACUUGUUUUAAUUAGCUCAGCAUUUGAAGAGAAAGGCGGAAUCUCUAAAUUGCCUGAAAUCAUACAGCAGACAGACAUAGCACCGACUUUAGCAAUAAGCCUUGGGCUUCCAAUUCCCCAAAACAGUCUGGGAAUACUUGUGCCUCAAACUGUUGAACACAAGUCAAUGAGGGAGCAGCUGCGUUUCCUUCAUUUAAAUGGACAUCAGCUCUGCAUGCUGUUAAGGCAAAACCUGGAAGCAUAUGAAAAAGAUGCUGGAGUGGAGCAAUUUAAGAAGGCUGAAAAGUCUCAUGGAAACUGGAUAAAGCUUUAUUUGGAAGGAAAUGCAUCUGAGACCCUUACUAACCUUGGCAAGAAAGUUCUAAAACAGUAUUUGGAAGCACUUAAGAAUCUGAGCUCUUCCUUAGGAAAACAAAUUGCAGAAUAUGACAUCUACUCAAUGAGUAUAGGAGCAGUAAUAUCACUGGAGAUUUUGUUCUUGCUCCUGCUCAGUAUUCCCAAUGCUUUAAGCAGCCGGGCAGAGUUUGACAUUCCCCUGUCCUCCCCACUGUUCUCCCUGUUAUUUUAUAUGAUGUGCUUAGUACUCUCAGCCAUCCAUGUUAUUGUGUGCACAUCAUCUGAGAAAGUGUGCUUUUUCUGUAGCAUCUCUUGGGUAUUGGCACUUGGGAUCAUGAUGUUCAUCUCUGCUCUUUCCUGUAUAGUUUUAUCUACUUUGAGCAAAAUGUUGGCAAAAUCUCAAUAUCCCAACAAGAAACAGGAUUCCAUUUUUUCAGGCUGGUCAGAAUUAGAUCUUCUGUUGUUAAUAGGAACACUAGGUCAUGUGAUAAGCAUGGGAGCAAGUAGCUUCAUAGAAGAGGAACAUCAAACUUGGUAUUUUCUAACCAAUACACUUUGUCUGGCUUUGGCCCAAGAAAUGUGCAGAAAAUACUUUCUUGUGAAAAAAUCAAAUUUUCUGGACUCUGCAGAAGGUGAAGAUUCCAAGAAUGAAAGUUUGUACAUGGAUAAGAUUUAUGAUACACACAAGAAAGAGCUCAAAGAGCAGACCUUACCACUUCUGUCUCAGUUUGCAAAACAACAUGAAAAAUGGAUUGCGUUAUCAAGUCCCUGGGCUAUACUAAUAAUUUGCCGACUGUUACGUACACUUAACCAGACUGGAAUCCAGUGGAUCCAUCGUCCAGAUUUUGGACACUGGUUGACAAGUUCAGAACACAAGCCAGAACUCUCAUUUUUGGUAGCUGUCUGCCUCGUAAUGAUAUUCAUUCUAAUUCAGGGUAGAUGCUCAUUUGUAUCAAAAGUGGCCUUGGCGUUUGGACUCUUAGGAAUCUACUGCUACAGAGCUGCCAUCGGACAUGUUUUGUAUCCAUGGCAGAACAACAGUAACGGUUUAUCAAAGGGAAUUACUGAAGCCCGGUUUGUUUAUAUAUUUGUGCUUGGUAUUCUUUUCACGGGAACUAAAGACCUGUUAAAGUCACAGGUUAUUUAUACAGAUCCCCAAACCAAGAGUCUGGGUUUGUGGGAAGUAUAUAGUGGAUUCAUACUUCUGGCAGCACUUUUAUAUCGUCCACACAACCUCGUAGUGUUGGUGUUCUGCCUCCUAAUGCAGACAACCUUGAGUAUGUUCAUCUGGAAUUUACUGAAGCAUGAUGCGGCUCAAAUCACCAUCAUGCACUACUGGUUCGGACAAGCAUUUUUCUUUUUUCAGGGCAAUUCCAAUACUAUUUCUACUGUGGAUAUUUCAGCUGGCUUUGUUGGCAUGGAAAACUAUGUGGAGUUACCAGCCAUCUUUCUUACAAUGUUUAUAACAUACAGCGGGCCUUUACUUUGGGCUAUACACUUGUUAUGGUAUCUGAGUUCAGAAACACACAGGGUCUCAACGACUGUAGCUCAUGGUUGUUAUUGCUAUGCUGCCAUUCGAUCCAUACCAGUCACAGUGUACAUACUUGUAGUCACUGCUUUUCGUUACCACUUGUUUAUAUGGAGUGUAUUUUCCCCAAAGCUGCUUUAUGAAGCAAUUCACCUACUUAUUUCAGCAGGUGUAUGUGUUAUGUUUACUGCUGUGGAUAAAAAUCAAAUAUCAAAAUCUGAGAACUAACUUAUUUUACAGUGACCUACAAGACCUUACAAGUUAAACAUAUCUUUCAAAGGAUGGAACUUUUUUUCUUUUUCUUUAAAGAACUUUUAAUAGUGAUGUGUAAAUAAGUUAGGAUAUUCUAUUUUUUUAAGAAAAAUAAUGACCUAAAUAGUUGUUAUACAAUGUAGCUCUCUUUGGGUGGCUGCAUAUGAUGUGCAAGAAAGCUAAGAGUUUGGCAUCUACAUGAAGUUUUUCUUUUUGGGUUGCACCAGGGCCUUACCAAAAAUGUCAUCUCACCAUGAAGGUACAGUGGUGGUUUUGUUUGACACUGAUUGUUGCACUUUAAUAUUUCCAGAGGCUUCAUUAUUCAGAUGAUUAUUUCAUUGAUUGUUUGGAAUGUUUCUGUGAUUUUCAAAAAUGCACAGUAGUAGUUAUUUAUAAUAAUUGCCUGAGUGUAUCUAUAUGGCUAAACUGUGGACCUGUGGAUCCCCAGACCUUGCCUCCUGUAGAAUGCAGCACGGUUACAGUAAUUGCUGUAGGAUUAAAACAAUGAGCAAUAUUUUUUAAGGUAUAGUAAUGGAAGCAUACUGACACAAACUGUAAGGAUAUCCAAAUUAACAAAAGUAUUUUGUAUGUGACAUAUAAUUGGUCCAUGUAUUGCCAGUCUACCUAGCAGCUUCUAAAGAUUGAUAUGAUUGUGUCAAUUCUUAUAGGAUAUUUUUACAUAUAUGUUUAUAUCCGGUUAACACUAAUAUAUCCCAUUUACUAACAUGAACUUAGUAGGGCUAACUUAAGUCCGCAAGUGCAGUGAGCAACUUUGAACACUUUUUCUUACAGUCAGUCACUUGCUAGAACAACUUUCAUUAAAGCCACUCACGUCAAAAUGUGCUCUUCGCACUUCUGUAUAGAUGCUCUUAGUGCUGCUCAGUCCCUCCUGCCUUCCAUCCUAAAUCAGUCACCGCUGCGCCUAUUGUAUUGCAAUGUACCACACACACAGUUGUGUUCAGUUUGGUGAAUGAGACACAACUGCAGUAGAAGCAGUGCAAUUUUGCAGAGAAUUGCCAGUUUGCUACCACAAUGAUGCCAUAAUUUUGGGAAAAAACCAUUGUGGGGAAAAAAGCAUGCCGAUUGGGCUCGAAAUUGCACUUUUUCUAGUGAAUGCACUAUUUAUUUAUAUUUCAUAAAUAAUUAAUUUUCUAACAUGUGCAUAACUAUUACUAAGCUAACUCCUUGUCAACUGGUAUAAUUUAUACGUUAGCUGCUGACAUUGCCCUGAUAUUGCUUAGAAAUAUAUCAACUAACCCAUAAACAAGUCUGCACUUGCAACUGAAUAAAGCGUUAAAGGUAUAUUACUCCUGAA